AUGUCCCUCGAGACGUCCGAGUCGCACGAUCCAUCACCCGAGGAGGUUCGAGCGGCUCGCGCGAAGGCUGACGCGAAGAGAGCCGACGCCAUCGCCGCACGUAUCGACGCCGCGAAGUCUUCUCCACCGAGCGCAUCGCGAUCGUGGGACGCCAGGGACGCGCUGGAUGCGUGCGAGCGCCUGUUUCGCGACCACCCCGGGUCCCUCAUCCGCGAAAGGUGCAGGGACGAGAUCUUCACCCCUUCCAAGGGCCGCGACGACGGCUCAUCGUCGGAACACGUGAGGGACCUCGUGUACGGGGAGUUCGGCUUCAUGUCCCUGGCGGCGCUCUUCCGCAAGUAUUCGGAUCAGAUACCCCCCCGCGCGGUCGUCGCGGACCUCGGGAGCGGCGUGGGCAGGCCGCUCUUCGCCGCCGCGUGUCUGCGCCCGGACCUCGCCAGAUGCGUCGGCGUGGAGAAACUUGGCGGGCUGCACGAGCUCGCGGGCGAACUCGGGGCUCUGUACGACGCGGAGCUGGCGCCUGUGCUCGGCGCGGAGCCGCCGCGCGUGGAGCUGCACCGCGGGGACUUUCUUCACGGCGUGGAGUGGAGGGGCGCGAACGUCGUGUUGGUGAACAGUGCCAUCUUUUCCGACGAGCUGUUCGAGAAAACGGAGGCGAGGGCGGCGGAAGUUUUGUCGCCCGGGGCGCUCGUCGUCACCCUGAGGCGGGGGUUUGCCGAUUGCGGGCACGAGGGCGCGUGCUGGGAGCUGCUCGAGGCGACGGAACGGCGGCAGAGCUGGGGUAUGUCCACGGUUUACGUGCACCGGAGGACCCAAAACUCGCCCCGCCGCGCCGGCAUCGAGGAUUAGCGAAGCUCCCGCCGGGCGAGCGCGCGCGUGUCGUCGGCGUGCGAUGCGUCCGUGUAAAUUAUUAAACAUCUAUGUAUCGAA